AUGAGAUAAUAUUUGAAUAGAUCAUUUUAUAUUAAGAAGGAUGUAUCAAAAGAAGAGACGGAAAGAAUAAGUAGUAGAUAAAAGUCAAUGCAUGCUAGAGUUACUGCUAUUAAGAUGCCGCCUUUAACAAAUAAAACAAUUGCACUUUCUGAUUAAAAAUAGGAACCAAAAUUUACAAUUUCAAGAUUUUCAAAAGCAAAAUACUUGAGAAAUGAUCUUUUAGAUACAACGUUCUAAUAAAAUUAUGAGUAAGGAAGAGUGGAGGAAAAGAUGAAUUAAUUAUUGACUAUAGAGUAAUACUUUAUAUCCUAAGGUUUUGAUUUUUCAUUUUAAAUCCAUAAGAAUGUUUACUUGCCAAUAGAAAAAUUUGAGGAUGAGACUAUAUAGAAAUAUUCUAAUGAAUAAGUUAUCGAAAUGCUGAAGACUUAAAAAAUUUAAAUAUUUGUAAUGGAGCAGAAUUCUUUGGGGGAUUGGUUCUGGUAUCGAGCUGAAUUAAUUGGAUAUUCUAAAUUAUUUCAUUAUCAAAGAAAAAAUAGAGAAGGUAGAUGUGCUAGAAUUCACUUUAUAAUGGAUUUUGAAGAUAAGCAAUUGUAUAUUAAGAAGUUAAAAUAAGCAUUUUAUCUCAGGGAUUAGAUGGAUAGAUAUCUAAAAUUUAAUUGUUACGUUGAGAAUAUGCCAACAAAUGAUUUAAUUUAAUUAAACUCUGAAUAGAGAAAGAGAAUUAAAAAAAGGUUAGGAUUUGAAUUUCCGUCAUCAUUAAUAAAAAAAGAAUUUAUUGAAGUAAACAUAUUGAAUUUAAAAACACAAAAUGAAAUCAUUUUCAUCCAUUUCUUAAAAAAUAGUGAAACUAAUUAAAAAUUGAAAGAUCUAUUAGAAAUAUUUAACAAUUAAUACACAAAACCUUAAAUUUCUAUUAGAAACAUAAUAUAAAAUUAGUUAAUUUAUUCUGAAGGGAUUAUGAUUUAAUAGAUAAAAACCUCAUUUCAAAUACUGAGACAAUCCUAUUUCUUGGCAUCUAUUUCUAAUAUUAAACCUAUUUAAAAAUGUUUAUAAUAUUUAAGCAAUUAGAUUGCUGAUUUGUUAUAAUUAGAACUAUUUGUAUAUCAAUAACAACCAUUUGAAAAAUUUAAAUUUUCAUAAGAAAUGCAUAUGAAAACUGUCUUGUCAAGCAUUAAAAUUAAAUGGGUUUAAGAGAUAAUCGAGUUUUUUGGAAUAAAUUUAUAAAUCUAAAAUAAAAAAAGCUUGAUACUUACAUAAAUUUAAUUGGAUAGAUUAUUUUAAUUGAUUAGAAUGAGAUUACAAGAUGCAUUGCAUAAUUUUUUAAAGAUUAAUUUUGAAAAAUUCAUUUAUUACUUAAAUUAACAUAUUCCUGAAGAUGUAUAAAUUUAAUCCUAUUCUUAAGUUCAUAAUAUUUAUACUAACUAAUUUGCAAUAUUAAAGCCCCUAUAUACUAUAUAAAUUUAGUUUAAAGCGAAUGAAAUUUGUUAUUCCAUCAAUCCUCUUCAAUUCAAAGAUAUAAUUAUUGGAUUCUUUGAGCAAAUCUAUGAAGCUAUUGCAGAUAUACCUGAUCCAGAAACUAGGUUAAUUGAAUAUUUUCAGAAGGAGUUUUUAUAUGAAAUGAAUGGCAACUUAAAAGCACCUGAAAAAGAAUAAUCUGUAAAUUUUAUCAUUCUAUUCUUAUUAGUAUAUUGAUGCAAUUGAGAAUUUAGCUAAUAAAGUGAGAAAGUCCCUUUUUGAUUAUUUGAAAUAAUUUUAAAGUUUAUAAAAGUUAUGGAACUCAAAGUAAUUUGAAAUAAAUUUAGCUGAAACUCUUAUUCUUGAUAACAGAGAGGACAUGAAAUAAAUUGACUAGAUUCCAGAUUUUAUUGAAGUAGGAGCAUUUUUAAUAAUAAUAUCAGAAAUGAAAAAUCAAUUUUAUUAGUUGUUAAGGAAAAGAGAAUAGAAUUAUAUUGAAUAAUUGUCAUUGUAUCAUAAAGAAGAUUGUAUGAGAUUGCUAAAUGAAUUUGCUGAUCUAGAAAUGAAGAUAAUCGAAAAGCCUUAAAAUAUUGAAUAGUUAGUAGAGAAAAGAGAAUUUCUUGAAGAUGCUUUCCCUUAAAAAUUGGGUUUAUUACAAUAGGAAGUCUCUAAAAACAAAUUCUAUUUUGAUCUGCUAAAUUCAGUAAUUGAAUGUUAAAAUAUUGUGUAUAUCAACUUCUAUCCUAUUAGAAGAGAGGAUACUCAUAAAUAUUAUCGACUUUUAAUUUAAGAAUAGCAACUAUUGAAAUUAGCAAAGAGUUAGAAGUAAUUAUUAGAAAAUUAAAAAGAGGAAAUAUUUCAGAUUUAAGCUCAUGAACAAUCAAAGUUCAAAAAGAAAAUUAAAUAACUUUAAUAGUAGGUAUAUAAAUUCCAAGAGUUCUAUUAAUUGGAACAGAGUAAGAUGGCAGAAGAAGAGAUGAUAACCAUUAAUAAUUAAUUUUAAUAAUAUUCAGAGGAGGCAUAAAGAUUUAAUAAGAGGGAACAAUUGUUUGGUUUAGAAUAAACUAAUUAUGAAAUUUUGUUAUAAUUGCAAUGCGAAUAUAAACCAUUUGAAGUGGUUUGGAGAGUGAAUUCAAUUUGGUAAUAUUAGAAUGUUAAAUGGUUAAAUGAUUCAUUGAAUAUGGUAGAUUAUUAGGGAUGCGAAUAGUUUUUUAAUUAAGAUUAUAAGUAAUUCAUAUAAGUAGUAGAUAAAAUAUAAGGUUAAGAAAUAUUCACUUUGUGGAAAAACUUAAAGAGAGAAAUAGAUUCAUUUUAAAUGUACGUUCCAAUAUUGUUGUCGUUAACAAAGAAUGGAUUAAGGGAUAGACACUUUAAUUAUUUGGGAUAAUUGUUAAAUAUUGAGGAUGAUUAAUUUAAAAAUUACAUCUCUUUAUAAAAAUUGAUUGAUUUACAAAUAAUUGAUUAUUCUGAGGAAUGUAUAGAAUUAGGAUUGAAAGCGUAGGAGGAGUAUGGUAUUGAGCAAGUAUUAAAAUAAAUAACAGAUGUUUGGAGUGAAUAUAGAUUUAAUUCAAUUUUAGUGAAGGGAGUAUAAAUAUUUAAGAAAAUAGAUGUAAUUUAAGCAUUAGUUGAUGAUCACUUGAUUUCAUUGGAAUUAAUGAUGAAACAAAAGAAUAAUAAUUUUUUCAUUUAGGAAAUAAAUUCUUUAUAUGAAGAUUUGAGACGUAUAUCAACAUACUUGGAAGAAUGGAAUAAGACUUAGACAUAGAUUGUGUAUAUGUAACCAAUUUUUGAUUCUGGAGAUAUAUUGAAGCAACUCCCUGUAGAAUAUAAAAAAUAUAGAUAAAUAGAUAAGUUGUAUAAGGAGACAAUUGGGUUUUCUGAUAAAGUGAUUGAGUUUGGAUAGCAAGAUGUAUAAAAAGUUAGGUAGAUAAAUAAUUUAUUGGAUUAAAUACAUAAGGAGUUGGGGAAUUAUUUGGAGAGAAAGAAGGAGAAGUUUAGUAGAUUCUACUUCAUUUCAAACGAAGAAAUCCUAGAAAUUCUAUCAAAUGGAUAGGAUUUAGUAUUCUUGUAGAAGUAUCUUUACAAGUUGUUUGAGAAUGUAGUUAAUUUGAAGAUGAAUAAAAAUAACUAUAUUUAUGCUCUUUAAACAAAGGAUUGCGAAUUACAUUUAUAAGAGAAGGUAGACAUAAAUAAUAAGUGUAUAGAAGAUUGGUUAUUGGAGGUAGAAUAACAAAUGAAGUAGAAUGUGAAGAAUUGUAUUUUGAAUAGGAAUAAUGAGUGUGGUAACUAAGUCACGAUGAUUAAUUUUGAAUUAGAUCAUACAAAUAGAGUCGAAGAAGAUAUGAAAUAAGGAAGGGAUCUAAGGAUAUAUCUAAUGGAAUUGAAGGAUAAAUUACAUAAUAAAAAUUUGGAUGUUGCCAAUAUCAUAUUAUUGGCUCAUCAUGUAGAAGUAUUAAAACAAUUAAUAGAUUAUAAUUAAUAAUUGAUUCCAUUCUAUUGGAGUUUGUAAUUGAGAUAUUAUAUUAAGAAUGCCAAUUGUUAAAUUAAUUCCUUGGAAGCUUCAAUACAAUAUGGGUACGAAUAUCAAGGGAAUAUAGAGAGAAUUAUUAUAACUCCAUUAACAGAGAGGAGUUUGGUGAUAUUUUUGAAUGCAUUGCAUUAUAAACGAGGAGGAGCAGCAGUUGGAUAAACAGGUACAGGGAAAACAGAAACUAUAAAGGAUUUGUGUAAAGCUGUGGGAUAUCGAUGUAUUCUCUUUAAUUGUUCAGAAUUAGUAGACUAUGUUCUCAUUUCAUAAUUUAUCAAAGGAAUUUACACGAGUUAAUGUUGGAGUUGUUUUGAUGAAUUCAAUAGGAUAACAGCAGAAGUGUUAUCAGUGGCUGCAUCUAAACUAAUGUAAUAUUAACCAGAUGGAAUAUUCGUUACUAUAAAUCCUAAUUACAAAGGAAGACAUGAAUUUCCUGAUAAUUUGAAAUCAUACUUCAGAAUGGCAUCCAUGAUCUCACCUAAUGUUUAAAUUAUUUUGUCAACCAUUUUAUCAAUUUUUGGAUUCAAUGAACCAUAAAAACUGACUACUUAAUUAAUGCAAUUGAUUUCUAUUUCUAAGGAUUUAUUAUCAAAUCAACAUCACUACGAUUACAGUUUAAGAGCCUUAAAGAGUGUAGUAAUGUUAGCAGGUUAAUUAUAUAAACAAUCUAAUGAUCAAGAUGGCAAUCAAUAAAAUUAUAUUCUAAAAGCAUUAAAAUAUGUAUUUGAGCCUAAACUAAUAUAAAAUGAUCUAAAUUUAUUCCAUUAAUUACUAUUACAGUUUUAUCCAGCUUAAGAAAUCAAGUCUGUAGAAAGAGAUGAUUUUGGUAGUUUUAUUGUCACAAGUAUUUUGCAGUAAAAAGUAUCAGAACUAAAGUAAAUACUAAAACUUAGACAUGGUAUUAUGAUUGUAGGUCCUGCAGGGUCAGGAAAGAGUGCUUGUUUAGAAGUAACACUUAAAUAAACAAGCAUGACUCAUAUUAGAUUAUUUCCUAAAGCAAUGAAGGUUUCUGAAUUGUUUGGAUGUCUCAACAUAGGUACUUUAGAAUGGGAAGAAGGAGUGUUACCAAGUCUCUUAAAAUAGGAAUAACAGUAGGACAUUUAUAUUUUUGAUGGGGCUGUAGAGACUGAAUGGAUUGAAACCAUGAACUCUGCUUUGGAUAAUAGUAAAAGAUUAUGUUUAACUAAUGGAUGCAUAAUUAAUUUGAAUUGUUCUAUGAUUUUUGAAGUUGAUAGUCUCAAAGGAGCAACACCAUCUACAAUAUCCAGAUGUGGUAUUUUGUAUAUUUCUGAUGAUCCUUUGUUGGGAUUGAAGCAAUUUAUAUCCAAUAAUUGCGAUAAAUAAGCAUCCAAAUUUAAUGAGAUUAUUGAAAAAUUGAGAUCUAAAAUAAUUCAAUUAAAAAUACCUUUGAGUUAUUUCUCUAAUUAAUUGAUUACAAUUAUAAAGGAAAUAUAGAAUGAGUAUCAUAAUUUUAAUCUUUAAUUAUUUGUAUAUUGUUUGGCGUGGACCAUAUUACCAUAAGUAAUAGAAAAGAAUGAACGAUCAAAUAUAAAUCAAUAGUUAAUAAAUCUAGGAAAUAUAAUAUGUGAUAACUUAUUAAUUUAUAAUGAAUAUAAAGAAGACAUGAAUAAGUUUUAGCCUAUUCAUGUACCGACAAUUUUAAAAUUCAGUAAUUUUGAAGAUAUUUAUGUACCAAAAAUAGAAGACAUGGCCUACUUAAAAAUCUCGUCAUCUCUUUUAAAUCGAUCAAAUAUCAGAUUUGAAGGUAUAAGUGGGGCGGGUAAAACAAAGCUUAUAAAUGAAAUUCUACAUAACUUUUAAUAUAUAAGGAUUAACUGUUCUUCAUCUACGAAUUCUUCAAAUACAUAAAUGACAUUAGAAUCUAAUUUAGAACGAAGAAGGAAAGGUGUAUUUGGACCUUAGAUGGGUUAGAAAUGCAUAAUAGUCUUGGAUGAUUUUCAUAUGCCUUAAGAUGUAGAAUUGGUUAGAUAAUUCCUACAUCAAAAAGGAUGGUACUCAAAAAGAGACACUCACUCAAUUCUCCAAAAAGUUGAAGACACAACAAUUUUAGCAGCCAUGACUCAACAACAUUAACAUAGUGAUAGAAUGUUAAGAUUAUGGACAACAUUUAAAUUUUGUUAAGAAGAAACAAUUUAUUAAACAAUAUUUAGUUAGAUGACUCAAUCAUUUUAGAUGUAGCAUAUUGUCUAAAAGACUUUGUAAGCUUAUAAAUAAAUAAAAGAGCAAAUAAAAGCAACUCCUUUUAAGGUGCAUUAUCAAUUUACAAUGAGAGAUGUUUGGAGAGUGCUUUAGAGUAUGUGUACUAAGAAAACAUAAAAUGAAAAUCAAUGGAAUUUUGAGAUGGCUAGAGCGUUUAUUGAUAGAUUGAUUACUAAGCAAGACAAAAUCUUAGCUUAAUCAAUAAUUGGGGUAGAUGCUGUUUAAUUUUGUGAAUUUUCUAGUGGAUACAAUGAUCACUCAUAUAAGGCAGUAAAUGAUUUGGACACUUUGUUAUAAUUAAUGAAGGAACAAUUUUAGAAAUAAGGAAUUACAAUAUAUGAGGAUGCAUUGAAAUCAUUGAUUGCAAUAUCGAGAGUAUUAGGACUGCAAUCUGGACACUUAGUAAUAUUAGGUUAAGUAGGCACAGGAGGAGUGCAAUUAUCCAAAUUGGCAGCAUUAAUUUAAGAGAAUGAAUCUCCUCAGAUUGACAGGUGGAAGGAUGAUUUGAGAAAUGUAAUUAAGAAAUGCAUAAUGGAAAAUAAGAAGAUGACUAUAAUUAUAGAUGAUUAAAGAAAUGCUCAUAAUCAAGCAUAAAUUUAUUAAGACAUAAGUACUCUAUUGAAUUCAGGUGAUCUCGACAUAUUUAAUAGACAAGAAUUAGAUGAUCUUCAUUCGAUAUUCUAAGAAUAAGCACUUUAAGAAUAGAAAGAUUCUAAAAUUAACAUCAAAAUAUUACUACAUAAACUUUAUGUAAAUAGAUUAGUAAAGAAUUUGCAUUGCAUAGUUUGUAUAACAUCUACCAUCAAAUUCCGACAUUAUCCAAAUCUAAUUAAUUGUUCUACAAUCCUUGCUCUAUAGUAACUGCCAGAUUAAGCAUUGCUUAGCAUUGCCUAAAUGUAAUUAAAACAUUUGGAUAUCAAUCAAAAAUAAAUUAGUGAAUUAUUCAAAUUUUUCCAUUAAUCUGCUUAACUUAUCGAUAAUCAUUAAAAAAUUCAAACUGUUACCUCAAUUCACUUUUCAGAUCUCAUUUUCACAUUCAAUAAACUAUAUCAACAUAAAACAACUGAAUUAUAAUCAAGAAUUACUCGUAUCAAAAAUGGACUCUCCAAAAUUUUAAUUGCCAAUGAAACUAUUACUGAGUUGAAGAAAGAAUUACUUGAAAUUACACCUGAAAUUGAGAAAUCAUAAUAAGAGAGUUCAAGAAUGAUGGAAAAAUUAAAAUAAGAAAAAGAUUAAGCUUUCUAUUAAGAAUCUUUAUUAAGUGAGGACGAAACACAAGCUAAUGUUUAAUAAAUCUAAGCGACUAAAUUAGCCAAUGAAGCAACCUAAGCAGUUAAAGAAGUUAAUCUAUUGCUAGACUAAACUCUAUAAGAUGUAUCUAAAUUAAAAAAAGAACAUUUAAUAGAAAUCAAAUCAUUGGGAAAACCACCAAAACCAGUAGUUAUUAUCCUAACAGGAGUAGUCAUCCUAAAUUUGGAUAACUUACGAUAAUACAUUACUUAGCCUCUUACUUCAUUAACAAACCAAGAAUACUUUGAAAUUGCUAAGAAAUAUUUAUUGAAUGAUCCCAAAGAAUUAUUGGAGUUAAUAAGAAAUUAUGACAAAAAUAAUAUCAAUCCAUAUAAUAUUAAUAGACUUGAGAAAAUAGUACUAUCAGAAGUAGACUUUACAUUCGAAAGAGCAAAGCAAUGUUCAGCUGCAGUGAAAUAUUUGUACUCUUGGGUUAAAGCUAUGUAUGAAUAUAACAAAGUGUACAUUGAAACUAAACCAUUGAGAGAAAGACUAAUUGAAGCUUAAAAGUAAUUGAAAGACAAAACUGAUAUUUUAAAUGAAAAGAAAUCUCAAUUAGCAAUUGUAUUUCAAAAGGUCAAAGUUCUUUAAGAAAAAUAUGAUUAAUAAACAUAGAAAUGUGAAAUUCUUAAUAAAUAACUCGAAGAAUCAUCAAAUAAAUUGUAACGUGCCAUAGGAUUAACUUAAGGAUUAGAGUAGGAACAAGAAAGAUGGUCUCAAUAAAUUCAUGUAUUAGAGAAUUCUCUAAGAAGUGUAUUAGGUGAUUGUGCAAUAGCAGCAGCAUAUUUGAAUUACUGUGCUCCACUUUCAGAACAAUUAAAAUACUAAUUAUUACAACAAUGGUCCAAGUAAGUUAAAUCUAGAAUUGGAUAUGAAAAUCAUCCUCUAUAGUUUUUGAAUCCAUCCUAAAUCUAAGACCUGAAUUAAAUAAAUUCAAUAUUUUUACAACAUACAAUUAAACCUAUUCUAUGCAUUGAUCCAUAAUGUUAGGCAAAUGAAUAUAUUCGAAAUAAUAAUUCAGUCAUGGAUGUAAAUGAUUAACAUUAAUUUGAAGUUGCACUUUCAUUAAAAUAAAGUAUUCUUAUUGAAAAUCUAAACACAAUACCCGAUUGGUUAACUGAAUAUGUUAACAACAAUCCUCAUCCCAAAGUAAAAAUAUUCGUUACUACAAUGCAAUAUAACUUUUCGAUGACUUCAUUAAAUUAUUCAUAAUUUUAUGUUAUCAAUUUUUAGAUUACUAAACUGAAUGCUGAAGAAUUAAUCUUGAAUUAAAUUGUUAAUACUCAGAAUCCAGAAUUAUAUAAACAAUAAGUUGAAUUAAAGUAGAUGGAAUUUAAGAAUGAAUAGAAAUUAAAGUAAAUAGAAGAUACUAUCCUUUCAAUAUUAAAUGUUGAAAAUAUCAAGGACUUACUCAAUUAGGAAACAUUAAUAAAUCAACUUUCUAAUUCAAAGAAAACAUUUAAUGAAAUAUAAUUGGCUCAGUCGGAAUUCCAAUAAAUUUAAAAGGAUCUGAUCACCACCAAACACUAAUAUAAAUAAUUAGCAUCCAAAAUAACAGACUUAUAUUUCAUCUCUCAAGAUAUGUAAUGUUUAGAUCCUAUGUAUUAAUUUUCCUUAGAAUGGUUCAUUACUUAACUUCUCUAUACAAUUUAAAAUACUAACAAUCUAAAACUUAUAUUUUCUAAUUUCCGUUUAAGAUAUUAUUGUUGUUUGAGUAGAGUUCUAACUGAACGACAUAGAUAGGUUUUAGCAUUUCUAUUGGCCAAAUAGUGUUUGGUCUCUGUUGAUCAGGAUGACUGGCAAGCCUUUAUUGGAUAUUCCAAAUUGAGAAAUGAAGAUUUUUAAGUUAAAAUAAAUCCAUUUUCAUGGAUAGAUAAUGCCAAUUAUCAAAGAAUUUGUUCUGAAUUAAAUCAUUUCUAAUUAGUAACAGCAAAAAUACUUAUUAACAAUUUUGAAUAAAUUAAAUAAUUUUAUUUAAGUAAGAAAUACUAAGAAUCAGAAAUACCUCAUAUAGAGCGAUUAGAUGAAAUGCAAAGAAUAUUUAUAGUUAAAGCGAUUCGACCUGAUUACAUUUAGAUAAUGGUCAAACAAUUUAUAAUCCGAAUGUUAGAUUUUGACAUUGACAAAGUCUAAUAAAUUCCUCUUGACAUAACAUUUAAUGAAAGUUCACACAAUAAGAUAUUGCUUUAUGUCCUUUAAAAUAAUUAGGAUCCAAUAGAGUAAAUCAAAGAUUAUGCGGUUAGUAAAAAUUUCAUUAAGAAAUUAUGGACUUUAUCUUUGGGUUAGGGUUAAGGAAAUAAAGCAGAGAGACUUAUAAGAGAAGCUGCAGAAUAAGGAUUAUGGAUUGUAAUCUAGAAUUGUCAUUUACAUUAACAAUGGCUGAAUGAAUUAGAUAAAUUAAUUAUGAUUGAAUCACAUGCAGAUUACAGAUUGUGGUUAACUUCUAAAUCGAUAAUGUCAUUUCCAGGAAGAAUCUUACAAAAAAGUGUUAAAUUGACAUAUAAUACAAAUGACGAGAAGCAAAUAGAAAUGACAGAUAUUGCUAAAUUUCAUUUUGGAUUAUUAAAUUUUUGUAGACUGGGAUUGUUGGGUUUUAAUAAAAAAUAUUAAUUUACUUAAUAUGAUUUAAAUAUAACUUAAGAAUAAAGCAAUAAAAUUGAUGUAAGUGAUUAAUUAAAGCCAAUAGCUUUGAGUUACAUAACAUCAUAAUUGCAUUAUGGAGGUCAUAUUGUAGAUGAAUAAGAUUAAAUUAUUCUCAAUAAAUUAUCUUGCUAUUAUCUAAUAGAUAAAGUCAGUCCAGUCAAUAGCAAUCUUAUAUAAAUAUAUGUUGGAGAAUAAAUGUGUCAAGAAUUUGUAAAUGAUCUCCUGUACAAAGAGUAUGGACAAAUAGAUCAAAUAAAUGAUGAAAUCAACAAAACUAUUUAAUAUUUAAGCUCAAAUUUACCAAAAUAGAUUAUCUUUGAUAAUUCAAGGAGUCAUAAACUAGAUCCAUUUUUAGUUUAGGAGAUCUUAUUAAUAAAUUAGCUGAUUGAGAUGAUAUAAGAAUCUAUAGCUUUGAUUUAGAGAAUAUUAGCAGGAGAUUCGUCACCUAACACAAUGAUAGCUGAGGACAUAAAGUAUUAGAGAGUACCAUAAGAAUGGAUGGAUAUAGGAUUCAGAAGUGAUAAGAAACUUGGAUAAUGGUUUUAAGAAUUUUUGAAGAGAGUGAAUUUUAUAAAUAAUUGGAAUGAUUAAGGAAUGCCAAAUGCAAUAUGGUUGGGAGGAUUGAUGAAACCUAAUAGUUUUUUAAUGUAUGCAAAAUAUAGUGAAGAAUGUUUAAACAAAAAAACAAUAUAUACUAUUUUAGAUAGCAUUCAAUUAGAGCAUAUAACCAACUGUCCAUCAAAUGGUUACUAUCUCUAUGGAUUAACUUUGCAAGGAGCAAAAUGGAAUUAAAAGCAACACAUAUUAGUAGAAUCGAAUUCCAUGUUAAAUGAAUUCCCCAUUUGUUAUUUGAAUUACAAGGAGGAUGAUGAAUAUUAAUUAUUCUAUUCGUGUCCAUUGUAUAGAUUGAUAGAUAGGAAAGAGUUGAUAGCAUUCAUUCCAAUGCCUUGUGACACUAGCAGAGAAUGGAUACUGAGUGGAGUUGCAGCUUUUAUUAAUAUUAAUAUAUGAAUAAAACUUAAGUAUUAAAAUCUCUUGUGUUAAGACAACCAAAAGAAAAUUUGAAAAGACUGCACCCAGUGGCAUAAUAAAAGAGAGAGCAAUACUCUUAAGUCCCAGAACCAUUGCAAUAUAAAACCAGGGAAGAGUCUCCAUUCAGAGUAUUGAGAUCUUAAAAUGGAAAUCUCCCAGUAUACAAAAAAUAUUUUGCGAGAAGUGAAGUACCAAGAACAGUAAUAAGACACAUUGAAGGAGAUGUGAAUGAAUUCAUCAAAGAAUUAAGAAAGGUGUGUUCAAACGCAGAUGUAAUUGAGAAGGUAUAGAAUUGAGAUAAUAGAUUAGAUUGGAAGAGUUGAAGUAAAUGGAAGUCACACAAUAAGUGUAAGAAAAUGGUUGACUUAAAUAGGAUUCUGAGAUUAAUAUAAGACAAAUAUUAUAAUAAAUUUAUG